AUGUGGAAACUUUAUGUACCGUUAGCCCUUGGAAAAUCGGUAAAGCUUCCUGCUCUAGCAGAUACAGUGCGAUGCUGGUCAUCAACUAGUCACAUAGGGCACACAACUACAUUCUUCUACUACAACAACGAAUCGCUGCAACGCAAGAAUUUUGAAUAUAAACAAUCCGCGUGCUAUCCUGAUAGAGGUUUUCAAUUCACCCCAAAUAGCAGCCUGGUUGCAUCAAGGUUGAAUGAUCCCGGUUUUCGAGGUUUUUCUACUCCAGCAGGUACUGAAAAGCAAAAUGAACAGACGAAAACGAUUGACAUCAAACUAUGCCACCCUGUUUCGGGCGAUAUUCUGGAAUUGGAUAAAAAUGCGACUGGUAUAUCUAAAGUUCCGUUUAAGGUCUCUCCCCGCAAGCCUAGAAAGGUGAACAACCGGUCAUUACUUCAGCGGAGGGUUUCGGGUGAAAAUAUAAGUUUGAAGAAGCUCAUAAAGCAAUACUGGGUAUUGACAAAGCCUAAUCUAACAUUCCUCAUAAUGCUUUCUUCUACAUGUUCAUACGUGCUUGCUCCGGGACCGACAAACAUAGUAGCAUUUACAUGGUUGACAUUAGGCACACUACUUACAUCCGGGGCAGCAAAUGCAAUUAACAUGGGCCGAGAGCCGUCGUUUGAUAGACAGAUGGUGAGGACUGCAUCAAGGCCGGUAGUUCAGGGAUUGAUAACACCAAAUGAGGCUUACACAUUUGCUGCCAUUACCGGAACAAUUGGUUGUGCUAUCCUUUAUUAUGGAGUAAAUUCGACAGUUGCCGGCCUUGCUUUACUUAAUAUUUUUCUUUAUUCCUGGGUAUACACAUCUCUCAAAAGAAAGUCCAUACUAAAUACGUGGAUUGGGGCAAUAGUUGGGGCAAUUCCACCAUUGAUGGGUUGGGCUGCAUGCUCGUCUCUUUCUGACCCAGGAGCUUGGUGCUUGGCAACAUUCUUAUAUGCGUGGCAAUUCCCGCAUUUCAACUCCUUGAGUCACAACAUUAAAGCUGAAUACAAACGGGCAGGCUAUGUAAUGACUGCUUCUGUGAAUCCGAUGUUAAAUGCUCGUGUUGCUUUAAGGUAUUCCUUGUUGAUGUUCCCAAUAUGCUUUGCUUUUAGCUAUUUCGGUGUUUGCGAUAAGUACUUUGCAUUCGAUUCUUCUAUACUUAAUGGCUACCUAACUUAUGGAUCAUUCAUGUUUUGGUGGCAGCAAAAUAAAAACCACUCGAAAGCUACUUUAGCCAAUGGAGGCCCAACAAAAGAGGCAAUAGCAAAGGCAAAUAUAUACGCUAGAAAGACAUUUUGGGGAUCAAUCUGGCAGCUUCCAGUUGUAUUGGCAUUGAUGAUGCUGCAUAAAAAAGGACAAUGGGAUAGAUUAUUCUCUUCGGAUGACGGAAGCUAA